GGAAAAAACUUACAUUGGCUCUGUUUUUUUUGCAGCAUCAUUGAUAUCCUGCAGCAAGAUAUGGCUUUAAAAGAGCAAAACAGAAGAAACGAUAAAAAGAUAUGAACAGCAUUAACAGUGAGAUGCUGAGAUGCUUUUCUGCUCACCGUGGUUGUAAAGAAUGAUUAUUUACGUUACUAUAACCUUCCUGUCAGCUCAGGUUCCUGUCAGCUCAGUCAGGUUGGUCAUUCUCCUUUGACCGUUCUUAUAACCAAGGUGUUUUUGCUCUCACAAUGGUCACUCACUGGAUGAGAUUUUGCUUUUAGCAGCAUUCAGGAUACUCUUGACUGUUGCAUCCCAUCACAUAAGCAGUUUCUGAAAUCCUCAAAUCAGCACCAAACAACAAACUGAGUCACUUCAAUCCUACUUUUUUCCAUUCUCAUGUUUGAUGUGAACAUUAAUCAAAGCCCUUGACCUGCAUCUGUAUGAUUUUUUGCACUGCUGCUACAUGAUUGGCUGAUUAAAUAAUUGCUGUGUCCAAGGGUGAAGAUUAUAAUGAUUAUGGUGUCCCUAAUAAAUUGGUCAGUGAGUGAAUAGUAUAAAGCCAUUAAAAUGCAUUAUAGAUUCCUUACUAUAAAAAUUAUCUAUAGAUUCUAAAGAUCUGUUAGACAGUAUAGAUCUAUAAAUGUAUACUAUAUCUCUCUAUCUCUCUCUCUCACUGUGUGUGUGUGUGUGUGUGUGUGUGUGUGUGUUUUCUCAUUUAAAUGAUCCACUUUGACGCGGGAUGAUUGGCAGCUGAAGGGGCGUGAAUUUUACGCAAAUGCGAAGUUCACGUGCAACUGGUGCGCACAAGCCGGUGCUGGAACACAGUACAAUCUGCUGGAAGACAGUGCAAUGUAAUUGUCCAAUUUAGAAACAAGACUCCGUGUACGACUCGGUUCUCGGCUGGAAAUGAUGGUCCAGAAGCGUUACGCACAGUGGCUCCUCCGUGAGCGCAGUUAAAACGCGGUUGUUUGGCGUUUUCGCGCGCGCCGGUGCCUUAUGCAUGCGCGGAUGGGCGCCACAAUGCUGGAGCGCAACACGUCUCGGGAGCGGAUGGACUUCAGUUCUAACACUUCGGCUCACUUGGGCAGAGAGCAAGGGUUCGGUAUGCCGGUGAUGGUGGUACUGGCCGCCGUCAUGCUGCUGCUCAUCUGCGUGAUCGUGCUGGGGAACGCGCUCGUUAUCCUCGCCUUCAAAACCGACCGGAGCCUGAGGAGGCAAAGCAACUACUUCCUCCUGAAUCUGGCCAUCUCAGACUUCCUAGUAGGUGCCUUUUGUAUUCCAGUUUAUUUGCCCUACAUCUUGACAGGCAAAUGGAUGUUGGGCCGAGGGCUAUGUAAGCUCUGGCUGGUGAUGGACUACCUCCUCUGCACCGCUUCCGUCUUUAACAUCGUCCUCAUCAGCUACGACCGUUUCCUCUCUGUCACCAGAGCGGUGUCGUACCGGGCAAGGCAAGGGAUGACCCGCAGCGCCCUGGCCAAGAUGGCUGCUGUAUGGGUUCUGUCUUUCCUCUUGUAUGGCCCAGCCAUCUUGCUAUGGGAAGAGGUAACGGGAGAGAGCCAUGUUCCAGAUGAUGAGUGCUUUGCUGAGUUCUUUCACACUUGGUACUUCCUGCUGUCUGCCUCCACACUCGAGUUCUUUUUCCCCUUCCUGUCUGUGGCUUUCUUCAACCUCAGCAUAUACCGCAGUAUCCGCGAAAGGAGACUCCGGUACCAGCAAGACUCGUGCUUGCCCAAGAUCCGUGGCAUGACAUCUCCCAAGCGUGAGAGGCUUCGCUUGGUCUCCUACAUCUGCCACGGCUCUCUUGUGACGAAGAAGACGAAGGCAGAAACAGAAAGUGAUAAGUGUUCUUCUCCUGCAGGACGCCCUGACACACUGAGUAUACGAAGCACUCAAUGUACACGCCUUAUUCAGGAUAAGAAGAUAGCAAAGUCUUUAGCCAUUAUCGUGUGUGUGUUUGCUGUGUGCUGGGCACCGUACACAUUGCUGAUGAUUAUACGUGCCGCCUGCAGGGGACACUGUGUUUCACACAACUGGUACGAAGUGACAUUCUGGCUGCUGUGGCUCAACUCUGCCAUCAAUCCAUUUCUGUAUCCUCUCUGCCACAGCAGUUUCCGCAGGGCUUUUGCAAAAAUCCUGUGCCCUAAGCAGCGGACCACUGAAGCAGCAUCAGAUAAUGUCUCCAACAACCAGAGAUAGUCCAGCUCUCUCCCAUAGUUUUAGACAGACUAUUCUUUGAUAACUUGUCAGGGUUUGGGUGGAUCCUAUCCAUUGUCUUACAUUUGUUUACUGAUCAGAAGAUUGGAGGUCAAACCUUAGCACUGCCAAACUGCCCCUGUUGUCACCUUGAGCAAGGACCUUAACACUCUCUGCCCCAGGAGCAGUGUAUCAAGGGUGACUCUACACUUUGACCCCAGCAACCUAAUCUGGGAUAUGUGAAGAAAAGGAGUUCACUGAAUAUACGUAUAUGUGACAAAAAAAAGGCUUUUUCUUUUAAAUUCUAUUCCUGGCAUGUUUUUGCUCAGAGAGGAAACCUGACAACCCAGAAGAAACCUACAAUUAGCCCAAGCCUCUGAACCUUGAAAGGACCAACUCUACCGUUACAAAAUACAAUUACAAAAUAUAAAAUCACGGACACAUUUAGAUUUAACCGGAUUUAAACCCAUGGACAGUUUCUUCUUUUAAACAAUUGAUAAAGGGUUUCAAACUACAUUUCAUACAGGAUAUGAACCAAUAAUCUCUCCAGCUAUUUAACUCAUUUAAUACAUACAGAUACUGUAUGUAUGUACGUACUUUACAAAAUGGGAACCGAAAACUUGUCUCCUGGUGCAUCCUUGCUUCUAAUGUAGAGAUCUAUUGUCUGAGGUUAAUCUGUAACAAAAACGAUAUUGUUCUUAUCUCAACAGGUCAUAUGAUGUCAAAUUCUCAGAAUUCAUUUCUCUACUGUGGAUAGUUUUGGCGCUCAUAAAACAAGUCCUCAAAGAUACGUCUAACUGCAACUGCACUUUAUACAACUAUAAACAACUGCUGAUUACAAACGUGACACUAAUUCUCUUUUCAUUCUCUUUUCAGCCUUUCUAUGAGGACACAUAGUCUUCUCCAAAAAAACAAGCAUGAAAAAAAAUGUAGGAAAACGCGGUGGCCCAGAAGUGCAAAACAUUAAGAAACUGAAAAUGCUAUAGCAAAUUUAAAAACACAUCAGCAUUAAAUAAAAAAGAAAAUAUACAGUAGGCCCUUGGUGCAAACAUACUGUUAGCUAAUUGGGCAUAUGAUUAUUACAUACACAAUUUUUUUUUUUAGUCUAGUUACUUCUAGUUAGACUGAGGACUUAGCUAAAAUUUUAAUGAGAAGUUGCUCUAUACAGUAGAUUUAUUUAGGUUGUAAACAUCAUUCCACCAAUUCAACCGUUCCCUCCAAUUGAUGCAUGCAGUAGCCAAUCAGCAAGAAGCCAGUGAUGCUCAAUGAGGACCUCUGCUUUGUUUACAGAUAUUCUUGAAGUGUUUCUAAAUUUAAGACUGUUUUUAGGCUUUAUUUUGUGGUGUCUUUUUGCUUACGUUUUUGGUUGUCUCGUGUGUUUUUUUUGUGUGUUUGUGUUUUCUGUGCUUCUUUUGAUAUGCUUUUAUCUUAUUGCUGCUGUUGGGUUUUGUCAUUUAUGGUUGUGUGUUUGUUUUUGCUUUUUUUCUGAUUUGCUGCUGUGUGUUAGGCUUCGUUAUGUUUUCUGUGUUUUAGCUUUAUAUUUCAAUUACAGAUACUGUAGGUGUUUUUUGUUUGCUGCAUUUUUUAAUUUGCUUUUGUGUUUUCAGAUUUACUGUUGUUUAUUUUUUUGUGCUUAUCAUGUAUUGGAGUUUAUUGCUGCAUUUUUCCAUUUAAUACUGCAUGUUUAUUUUUUGUUUUCUUUUUAUUUUCUAGUUCUUUUUGAUUUGUUGUUUUGUUUUGAUUAGCUACUGUGUUUGUGAGUUUGAUAAUGUUAUCUUUGUUGCUUUGGCUUCUGAUUUGCCUUUGCUUUGUUGUCCUAUUUUCUAAUUUGUGGUUGUGUGUAUUUGUUUUGUUAUGUAUUCUGAUUUGCUUCUGUGUUUUUUGUUUUGUCAGUGCUUUCAGAUUUGCUGUUGUGUUUUCAGUGUUGCUGUUAUGUUUUCUGAUUUACGUUUGUGGGUUUGUUUUGUUUUCAUUAACAUUAUCAUUUUGUGUUCAGAUUUAGUGUUUUGCUUUUUUGUUGUUAUGUCUAUUCAUUUGCUAUUGUCUUCUAAUGUAUUUUCAUUUCAUUUCGGUUUAUUAAUGUUUUCGCACUUACAGACCACUGUAAAAAAAAAAAAAAGGAUGUAAAGCAAAAGGCAGGCAUAGUGUAAAAUAAUGCACAACUGACACAAAUGUACGAUAUUGCCUCUCUGUAUAGUGUUUUAAGAAGAAGAGUUCUAAAUGUGCUUAACCACGCUCUGUGUUUAUGACUCCACCUUGUGGCGUUAUGAUGUUCGUGUACUGUACUGACUCUGUUAAUGCUGCACAGUAGUCUGGAUGACGCUCUGAUAUAUAAACUCUGUAUAUACACAGUAUUAUUGUGGAAUCAGUGUAUUUGCUGAAUUAUUUGUGCUAUAAAUUCUUGUUCAGGACAUUUCACCAGACUUUAGAACUUCUUUAGAGCUUAAGACGUUAAUAUUAAAGGUUGGGUAUUAUAA